GGAAUUGUAGAAGUUCAAAUUUCCAUUUUCCCUGAGCACUUUAAGGAGUUUUUAUCCAUGAUGGCUUAAAAGAUGAGGUUUAAACUCCAUCUUUUGAAGAAGACUGUGAUACAAUCAAAUGCUACAGAACAGCUCCUAAAUGGGCUUUGUAGUAUCAGCAUGAUGACGACCCAGAGCGCGACCUCAGAACUCUUCUUUGUGUCCUUGGUUGUUCUGCUGGUGGUUCUGAUAGUUCUGCUGGUUCUCUGCUGCAUCCUCAAACGCAGCAGAAACAGAAACCUCACAGAGCUGAAGAUCUCAGGAGGAAGACCCACUCGCACCCUGACCAUCAGAGCUGAGCUAGACCAUGCCUACCAGCUGCUGGACCACCUGCUGGACCGACUCUUCCUCAAGGUGGAACCAGGGACAGAAUCUGGAGAUGAACUAGAAGAAGAAAUCAGAGAAGAACCUGGAGAUGAACUUGGAGACGAAGCGCAAGGAGAACGUAGAUCAUAUUCUGCAUUAGACCCAAAGCUUUCAACAGCAGCUUCUCUUCCCAGCAGAGCUGUGAACACUCUUCAGAACAAACUGUGGAAAUGGAUCACUGUUGCAACUCCUCCUUCAGCCCCUCCUUCUCCUCCUCCCGCCAAUCAGGAUCAAACCGACGACGACUCCUCUCACAAUGCCUCCUGCAGUUACCUGAAGGAGGAGCAACAUGAUAAGUCAAAACUUUAGAUAGAAAUAAAAUAACAUACUACUGUAA